AUGGUCACUUCGCCAGCUGUUCCUGAAAUCUAUGAGGACGAGCUACACUCGGCAAUCGAAGCGCGCUCAGAAUCUCUGCAAACGCUACGAGAACUGGGCCCGCCAGAUCUGGUCCACCUCAUAAAGCAGCCCAUCAAGAAUGCGACAAAACAGGUCCGUAGUACCUUCGACCGUACAGUAGCCCGCGAGCCCGGUUUGACAUGUGAUUAG